AUGAUCUUCAGCUCAGCCGCGCUCUUCUACGUGAAAUAUCCGUACAAACAUCAAGAGCCACUGCCCGGCAAAAUGCUUUUCCGCCUACACAUCGUCCGACAUGCAGAGGGAACUCACAAUCCUGGCCAUGAUACGACGAUCCUGGACCCUCCAUUGACCGAGAGAGGAAUCCAGCAGUCCCAGGAGCUAUCAAGAGACUUUCAAUUCAAAGAUAGCGUUGGGUUGGUGCUGGCAUCUCCGCUGCGGCGAACACUUCAAACAGCUCAUAUCGGCUUUCAACAAACACUUGAUCAAAGAUUUUACCCCAAGUUCUCCGCAGCAGGUGUCCAAAACGGUGCAAGUCUCGUACUUGAGCCGGAUGUGCAGGCGCAUUCUGCUCGACCCUGUGACACUGGCUCGGACAUUUCCAUCUUAAAGUCCGAGUUUCAAGAUCUUCCUUGGGAUAUCCUUGACUUGGAUCCGACAUUCCCGAAAAAGGAAGGACUUUAUGCAUCCGACUCUGAAUCCCUGAAGCUGCGUGGAUGGAGAAUUCAGCGUCGGCUGCAAGAGAAAUUCAAGGAAUUGGCGAAUACUGCACGGCCUGAUAUCGUUGUUGUUACGCAUGGGGGAUUCAUACGACAUGUUACUGGAGAUGAGACGCUGGGCGUUGGGCCUGCAAAGGCACGGAGCUUUAUGGUUACGUUUGAUCAGGACUCUAAGUUGAUCAUCGAGUAUGAUUUGCCUGAGUAA